UUGUAAUUAUAAAAGUGUUGAUUCUACUGUGUGGAUCUGAAGAUUUAAAAAAUAGUCAGAUUAAAGCUUUGAUAGUUUUGAUCCAUUCUUUUGAGCUUUGAGAAAGAACAUAACGAGUGCUUGUUCAACGUUCUAUUAUACAUUCUCUGGUAGCAGUUAACAAGGGAAUCAAAGAUAAAAAUCGGAGAGAGUUAAUGAAGAUGUAUGCCGUCAUCACGAAAAACAUACAGCAAGUUCUGCUUUUUUGUCUUGUCCUAUUUUUUUCAAUAUCUUUACCUGGCACAGUUGUGGCGUCAACGUGCUCAAACGUGAAAUGGUUAAAUACUGACCACAGUAAUUUUCUCUGGUCGAUCGUUGGUGAAUGGAGAAUUCUGAGAUGCACCACAUUUGACAACGAAAACGUUAACACGACUUUGUGGAUUGAUCAGACCAGACCCGUGAUUAUCGACGGAGUAAAGAUCAGGGAAAUUUCGAAAAACGUUUACAAUCUUACCAAUCUCCAGCUGAAAGAUACGGCAAGCUAUUAUUGCAAAGCAUGCGAUUCUUUCAAAAAUUUACUCCGAGUCAAUGUUAAAAAAGGCAUUGCGUUUGCUAAACCAUCGAUUACGAGGCCUGACAACCCCAUCACGUACGGAAGUAAUGUCCUCCUGAAAUGCUAUUUACACGGAAGUCUUUAUGACUAUGAUAUGCGAUGGUUCAAAUUGUUACCAAAUGGUCAAGAAAUUGAGAUGCCUUCUGUGAAAUCUGUAAAGUGGUCACCGAACCCGGCGAAGAACCAACAAAGUGCUCUGUUGAAUAUCAAAAACUUCACAAGUAUAGAAGAAAAAUACUUUUGUCAACUGAAACGAUACACAGUGAGGCAUUCGUCAAGAACAAAUGCCUAUCUUAAAUUGCAGUCCCUUUUCACGCCCUCUGUCUCAAUUCAAACUCGUGAUGGACAUCUGGAAGGAAUCGAAGGAAAAGAAUAUUUCGUCAACUAUAACGUCACUGGAACGCCACCACCUCGUGUCAUUUGGUAUCGAUAUGCAGGGGGGAGGAAAGAAAAGCUAAGCGAGUGCAGCACCCAAACAAGAUCGUGUGAAGGUCCAUCGAGCGAAAAUAUUUCUGUGACCAUAAGCAACUUUACCAUCAAGAAUGCGAAAUUCAGUCGAGAUAAUAAUGUCACAUAUAUCUGUGAAGCCAGAAAUGCCAAGGGAACCACAAUUCAGGGGUUUACUCCGUUAAUAAAAACAAAGCCAAAUUUGAUGCGUCCAACGUCCGAAAUUCAACUUUAUAAAAAAGAUCUCUUCCUCCAGUGUUCUCCGUUAAAAGAUGUGAAUCGAAAGGGCAUGACCUUUUCAUGGGCUUAUUGUGACAUUGACAAAGUUAGUAAAAAAGGCUCGACAUCAGCAUGUGAAAAAGAAAAGAACUGGAAAGACCUUCAUUCAUCUAGCGGUAAUGCUCUUGCGAUUCAGUCCAAUCAAACAGCUGGAAUCAGAUUGUACCGUUGUCGAUCAAAAAAUGAUAUGGGAAGCGAUGAAAUUAUCUGGAAAAUAGUUAUACCACUUGAUGACGCCAUUCCCAUUGAGAUAUGCAAUAAAUUGUUUGUAAAAGGUGUUGACAAGACAGGUGUUGAUGGUUUCGAUUCUGUAAAGAUAUGGCAGGGUGCAACCGCCUUUCUCAUUCUCCUCCUUCUUUUCACAUUGUUCAUCACAUACCAUCGCAGGAACUCGUUGAUUCACAUCAAUAAUUUUAGGAUGACACGUGAAAAAAUCAUAGGACAUGGUGUCUAAGAAACGUACAUUUGUUUUCUGAGCGUCCUGCUUUUGCUGUGACCUUUCAGCAAUAAGAUAAUAUCAUGUUUUGAUUAAAUAUACAAACUCAAAGUGCUGAAUGACGCUGGUUUGGGAUUAUAGAGAAAUGUUUAUCUUAAUGAAGAAGGGUAAGAAAAGAUCAUCAUAAACUAAUUUGAAGUCAGCUUUUGUUGCUUUGAAAGGUAUUGAUUUGUAAAGUGUAACAAAUAAAACAAUUUUUGUUGAAUGUCCUUA